GUUGAAACAGUUCAGCGCAGUCAGAGUCAUUUCCUUAUUUCACCAAUUCAUUGCAGUUAUGGCUCCUGGUGUCUUGUCCGGUCGUGUUUAUGUUCUGUGUUUGAUCCUGCUCCCAGCUGUAUGGGCCGAUAACUGUAGCGACUACGAGGGCUCAAAUGGUUACCACCAUCAGGAUCAGCAAUGCGGCUCUCAGUACUGCUGCGGAAACUGCGAGAGAAAGUACUGCUGCAGUAACAAAACACAGCGUCUUUCUCAAGAAGAAGAACACAAGUGUUCUGGAAGUUCUUCUGACCUUGGGACAAAAAGUCUCUUCGCUAAGCGUCUGGGAAGCGUCAUUGGGAGAAUUCUUCCGUUUAUGCUCAUCAUCUGCUGCGUGGCUCCGUGCUGCUUUUUCUUCAAGAAGUGUCGGAUAGGACGCAACCAAAGUCCACAAAUUGUGAUGACCUCCUACACCCCUGCCGUACACAACUUGCCUGAGCAGUCACUCUCUCUCUACGGAUAUCAGCCGGCCUACCGUGGCUACCAGCUCGUACCUUCCCAGCCUGGCUAUGGACCACCACCAUACAUGGAAACUAAUGCAUUCACUGCCGGGAUACCAAUUGUGUCCUUCCCUGGUCAGCCUUAUGCACCGCCACCAGUCAGCACCGAUGUCCUACAACCCCGCUUAUGUGCCACAGUGGAUAGCUAACGAGAUGCAUGUUUGAAAACCCUCUUUGCGCCACCAUUCUCCAUGGGAAUAAGACAUAUGUGGAUAACAUUGUGUUGUUACAAUGGAAAUAUAUAUUAAUAAUAUUCAAAUAUAUCUUAUGGAAAACUACAUAAUCUACUACUUAAAUGUAUUGCUAAAUCUUGCUGCUGAAUGACCAUUUGUUUACCAAUAUCCAAUUUUAAAAUAUGGCCACUUUUAAAUGGAAGAGUUGAAUAAUGAUGCAUUCAAGAAAGGAAAUUCAAUUACCAAAACACACUUCAAGUCAGGAGAGAGAGAUAAAAGAAAUAAAAAACGCAAUUAUAUGACAAUAAAUCUACAGAUGCUUAUGGUAUUUGUAGUUUAUUUGAAUUUGUUUAUACAUUCAGAUUCAUUCACUGAACAAAUAUUACUUGAAUUGUUGCACUUUGUUGCAGUCUUUGUUUAUUGGGAUUUUCUUAUUUAUUUAAACUGUGGUUCCAUUGGAGAA